GUCAAACGCAAAUUUCGUUUUGCGCCAAAUCUUUCCAUUCAGUUGUCUCAGAUUUCCUUUCAGCUAAAAUUCAUUCUAAGAACGCUUUCGUUUCUCUGCAAAGUUUGCACCUUUCACUCUUUUACGUUUGCACUGUGCACCUCUAUCAUCAUCCUCACUUUUGGGACUCCUUCUGCGAUUUCUGUUGCCCGUUUUUGGGAUAGGGACUCAAUUCAAGUUCGAUACACGUGAAAAUGAGCACUUUUGCUUCCUGAGACGUACCACUAUGUUGGAGUCACUAGCUCAUGGUCAAAGUUUUAAGCUUAAGGGAUAUGACUUAAUCAAAGAUAACAGUCCUAAAUGUUAUGCUAUUUCAUCAUUCAGUAGAAGUUCUGUUUUCAAGGUUUGUUCAGAUAAAAAGCAAGUGUCGCUGCUUUCACUUGGAGUUAGUUAUAGGAGCACCUCCGUGUCUGAGAAUUUAUGUCAAAGCAAACUUCUCAAUGUUCCAUCAUUUUAUAGUUGGAAAGGAUUCUAUCUCUCUAAGUAUACGCCAUUACGGUUCGAGCGGUUGCAAACAAGUGCAACUUAUGAUGUUGCUGGUGCUGUUGAAGUCAUCCAUGAUUUAGGAUUGGAUACUCUUACUUUCUUGGCUGUAACUGUCUUAAUUGUUCCCACAUUCAAGUCAAUUAAAGCCAGUCCUAUACUUGGUUUCUUCUUGGCUGGAGUUGUACUUAGCCAGUUUGGUUUAAUCAGAAACCUUACAGAUGUUAAAGUUUUGUCCGAAUGGGGGAUCCUUUUCUUGUUGUUUGAGAUGGGUUUAGAGCUUUCACUUGCACGUCUGAAAGCUCUUGCAAAAUAUGCCUUCGGUAUGGGAUUUACUCAGGUUGUAUUAUCUACUUUAGCAUUUGCUGCUUUUGAACUCCCACCAAAUGGGGCUAUUGGAACAAAAAUUUUGGAAUUCCUUUUCCAUUCAAGGCCAGAUCUGGUGAAUAUUAGAAGUAUUGAUGAAGCUGUGGUAAUUGCUGCUGCUCUCUCUCUGUCAUCUUCUGCAUUUGUUCUACAGCUUCUUGCAGAGAAGGGUGAGCUACCUACAAGAUUUGGUUCAGCAACUCUGGGAAUACUUUUAUUGCAGGACAUAGCUGUUGUCCCUCUUCUAGUCAUUCUUCCAAUACUAGAGAGCCAGAAUCUGGCUAAGGAAAGCAUUUGGCCAAUGCUUGCUCAAGAAAGUUUAAAGGCAUUAGGUGGAUUGGGUCUGCUAUCUUUUGGGGGAAAAUACAUUCUUAGAAGAGUAUUUGAGGUUGUUGCAGAUGCAAGGAGCUCAGAGGCCUUCGUUGCACUUUGCUUGCUGACUGUUGCUGGAACUUCACUUGUCACGCAGCAUUUGGGUUUUAGUGAUACGCUUGGGGCAUUUUUAGCUGGGGCACUUUUAGCAGAGACAAAUUUCAGGACCCAGAUUGAAGCUGACAUAAGACCAUUUAGAGGCUUGCUUAUUGGAUUAUUUUUCCUAACUACAGGGACUUCCAUUGACAUGCAGCUUCUUAUGCGAGAGUGGCCACAUGUACUUGCACUCUUGGCAGGAUUGAUUUCUAUCAAGACAUUGAUCAUAACAGCAAUCGGUCCUUGUGUUGGGCUUAGUUUGCAAGAAAGUGUGAGAAUAGGAUUGCUUCUAUCCCAAGGAGGCGAGUUUGGAUUCGUUGUUUUCUCCUUAGCAAAUAGGCUUGGGGUGCUUCCACUUGAGCUCAACAAGUUGCUCAUAAUUGUUGUUGUAUUGUCAAUGGCAUUAACCCCAUUUCUUAAUGAAGCUGGAAGAAGGGCUGCUGAUUUUAUUGAUGGAAAAUUCGAUGUGGAGUUUAAAGCUUCAGAGAUGGUCAACUUUGGUGUCACUGAACCUGUUGUUAUAGUUGGAUUUGGACAAAUGGGCCAGGUCCUUGCAAAUUUCCUUUCCAAUCCGUUGGCUUCAGGAGGAGACAGUGAUGCUGCAGGAUGGCCUUAUGUGGCUUUUGAUCUUGACCCCGCACUAGUAAAUGCUGCUAAAAAAGCCGGCUUUCCAAUUCACUAUGGGGAUGGAUCACAUCCUGCUGUUCUUCAGUCGGCCGGUAUCUCUUCUCCAAAAGCUAUUAUGGUUAUGUUCCCCGGCAAGGAAAAGACAGCGGAAGCUGUUCAGAGGCUACGGUUUACUUACCCUGCAAUCCCAAUCUAUGCCAGAGCUAAAGAUCUUGAGCAUCUUUUAGAUCUGAAGAAAGCAGGUGCAACAGAUGCUGUUUUGGAAAAUGCAGAGACUAGCUUACAGCUGGGUUCUAAGCUUCUGAAAGGUUUCGGAGUGAUGUCGGAUGACCUAGCAUUUUUGAGUCAGCUCAUUAGAGAUUCCAUGGAACUACAGGCUCAAGAAGCAGCCAGCUUCGCCAAAUGCGAUGAAUUAAAUAUGACAAAACAACUGCAGGUGAGAGUUGGUGACUCAAUUGAGGGACAUGCACCUAUGCCAACUACUUCAUCAGAAUUGGACCAGCCGCAUCAAGUUUCCCUCCCUAGAAUUCAGCCAGUUGCGGAACAGCCAGUUGUAGAACAAGACGAUGAACUCAAUCAAACUGAAAGAAGGCGCUGAUGAAAGCUCACCGAUUAUUUGGAUCGCGAGAUGCCAUAGGAUAGCAGAAUCUGAUGGACCUAUCAAUCCAUUGCCAUACUGCCACUAAUUAACCAUUCUAGGUUCUUAACGUUAAUUUUACUAACUCUAUAGUUUCUGAUAGAUUUUCAUACUGCAGAUGCUAACCAUUUAUGUGUAUAUAGGAAGAAUUCAAUUAUUUACAGUUUCUUGUUGUAAUAGAGGGCUUAAUUCUUCUGUCCAACCCAAUAAUCAAAAUAUAUU